CGGCCUGUGGGUGUUGGCGACUUUUGGUUGGGGGUGGGGGCGUGUGCGAUGAGGGCCUUCCUUUUCCCGGGCUCUCAUUAAGUGGUGUCGCCUGGAGAUGCCCUGCACUGGAAGCUCGGAACGGGGGAUUUCUCAUAGCCUGCAGCCAUGCGUCUCUCUGCCUUGUUGGCCUUGGCAUCCAAGGUCACUCUGCCUCCCAACUACCGCUAUGGGAUGAGCCGCCCAGGUACCCUGGCAGACAAGAGAAGGAACCCUCCAGGGACCAGACGGCGCCCAGUGGCUGUGGAACCCAUUUCUGAUGAAGACUGGCAUCUGUUCUGUGGGGAUAGGGUGGAGAUCCUAGCAGGCAAGGAUGCCGGGAAGCAAGGCAAAGUGGUUCAAGUUAUCCGGCAGCGAAACUGGGUGGUCCUGGAGGGGCUGAAUACACAUUACCGCUAUGUUGGCAGGACCAAGGAUUACCGAGGAACCAUGAUCCCCAGCGAAGCACCCUUGCUCUACAACCAGGUCAAACUUGUGGAUCCUGUGGACAGGAAACCCACCGAGGUGGAGUGGAGAUUCACUGAGGCAGGAGAGCGGGUCCGUGUUUCCACAAGAUCAGGAAGGAUUAUUCCUAAACCUGAAUUUCCCAGAGCUGAUGGCAUCGUCCCUGAAACAUGGAUUGAUGGCCCCAAAGACACAUCAGUUGAAGAUGCUCUAGAAAGAACCUAUGUGCCCCGUCUAAAGACACUGGAAGAGGAGGUGAUGGAGGCGAUGGGGAUCCAGGAGACUCGGAGACACAAGAAAGUCUAUUGGUAUUGAACCUGGGGAGAGCAACUCCUUGUCUUAGCCUUGAAGGUUGGGGCCACAUCUUCUUCAGACAUCAAUAAAGAGCCAUGAGUCCUCC